UUUAUGUUCUCUUUUGGCGCCGUUCUACUGCAGAUUUGCCUCGUUUACAUUUACACAGAGCUGCUUUUGCCCUUUUUAAAUAUUCAAUUAAUUUAUUUAAUUUCUUUUGCAAUCUCUUUACUGGACAUUCUUUUAUUUAUUCAUUGCAUUUGGAUUUUCUUUGAGCUUCGACAAAUUCGACCAGUUUAUUGUAUUCAUUUUGUUCGAGAUCCGGACGGUGAAUGGCAUUCCCAUGAGAUUGGCCAAAUGAGUAUUCAAGAAGCGGCUGUCCAAGUUCUUUUGCUUUACCGAGUUCACUUCCCAGUCUACAAUUCUGUUUUGGAACAUACUCGCCGUUCAAAUACUUUUGGUGGGCGUUUUCGUUCAGCUAUGGGUAGACCAGGAUUUAAACUUUAUGAUAUUGAUGGACAAGGAGAUCAAACAACGGCACUUUCUGAAAUGAAUGCAAGAAUUUUAAUGCAGGCUGCUUCCCAACGUCGUAUGGCUGCUCAUAAUGAAUUAUUUCAUGAAGAAUGUGAUUGGGAAAGACGUUUCAAAAAGAGAAAAUGUCGCCUAAUUAGUUGUACCGAGGAAAUUUUUGCCCAAGUUCAAUCUUCUGAAUUUGAAAAUGACAUGAAAAUAGGAGCAGUUGGAAAUCAAAUUGUAGAACCAAUGGAUCCACAAGUAGCUGCAAAAGCUGUUCUUUCCUCUAUAGCAAAACAAUUGAAUCGAUUUUUGCGUUAUACGCGCCAGGAACUCUUUGCCCACGUACAACGUUGUUUGGCUUUUGGUUUCUCGGCUCGUACAUUUCUUCAACGAUUUUUCUCUAAUGCUAUGCCUUUCCAGGAAGACUUACCAGAAUCAAAAUGGUCAUUAAUUUGCGGAAAUAAUAUUAGAGCUUCAAAUUCUAUUCAUCACGGUUUAACUUUUGUUUUGCGUUGUCACAAUGAUGACAGUUUUGAUAGAGGAGUACAAUUAUUAUGUUCAGUUUCUGCCCUUCCUUUUGUUAAUUUAACUGAACAAUCAUCUCCUUUAAAUUCUUUCCGUUUAAAAAUUGUUACAGGAAAUCCAUCAGCUGUUGAAUUGGGGGUUUAA